AUGGCGAGUUCUCCGCUGCUCGUGAUAUACAAUCCCGUCUGUGGAAAUGGCACUGCCGAGGCCUUUUUCCAUGAACACGUCUUUCCUCGUCUCGAGCAAGCGCAUCUCCAAGUUACCCAAAAAAUGUCAACUGGAGCCGCUGGACAUGCUGGUACCAUAGUAAUCGAGUUUCUAGAACGAUAUAAGGGCAACGUGACAGUGAUACUGGGCUCCGGCGAUGGAACACUGCACGAAAUCAUCAACGCCCUCUCACUUGUGGCACUGAAAGGUGUACGCGAGAACAUUGUAUCAUCCUCAAUUCGUGUGGUCCUUGUCCCGUGUGGGACGGCAAAUGCUCUCUACUACUCGUUAUUCAAGUCAACCUCUAUGCAUGAGGGCCCGUCAUACAAGCUGAAGUCUCUUGACGCGUUCAUCAAGGGUUCGAAUGUCGUUCCCCUCACACUGGCUAUCACGACCCUAUCUUCUCCACCGAGCUCAAAACAAUCUUGUUCCAAGGUCGCUGUUUCAGCAGUAGUGACAUCUACUGCUUUGCACGCCUCUAUCCUCCAUGAUUCCGAGAGUCUGAGGAAAGAAGUGCCAGACAUCGAAAGAUUCAAAAUUGCUGCCAGGAACAAUAUUACGCAAUGGUACAGCAGCCAUGUCAAACUUUUGCCUACGCCAUCUACCCGGGUUGUGGAGAUAUAUGAUCCAGACCAAAAGACUUUCGUAACCCACGAGGAUUCAGAUGACCACUGCGGAAUUGUGGAUGUGUAUGGCCCAUUCGCAUACUUUCUGUCUACCGUCAAUGUCGAUCGUUUGGAACCCACUUUCAGAAUUACCCCUCUUGUGUCUGAAUUUGUUCCAUCAGAGGUCUCGCUAGACAUUGUCAUGGUUCGACCUCACCGUGAUCCAACCUUCGUCAUGGAUACAAUAGAAGCUCGAAAUGCCUUUGCGGAAAAAUCAAUUGCCGUGUUGAAUGCAGCAUACCAAGAUGGGGACCACAUUAACUUGAGAUACACUGACGAUGGAAAGAUAACUAGUGAGGGGUCUGGUCCCACUGUGGUAGAGUAUAUCCGGUGCGGAGGAUGGGAAUGGAUACCUGAUGACGUCGAUGAAAAGGCCCACCUUCUAUGCUCAGAUGGAGCUAUAUUCUCAAUUGAGACGGGUGGAAGGGCGGCAUGCAGGGCAGCAGUACCAGCGGAUAGCGCAGGGUUUUUGGUAUACGUCUAA